AUGGAGAACGCUGGUCCAUCCUCCAAGAAAGGGUCAAGCGACCACCGCUCCCGACACCGGUCACAGUCUCCUCGACCAAAAAAGAGAUCCCGGUCACCCCCGACAGGGCACAACGAUAACCGGAGGCGACACAGGCGGAGUCAGAGCCACUCUUUCACUCCUUCCGCCAGCGACGACGAAGAAGAGCGCAGAGGCCCUCUUUCCCACUCAAUCUUGGAAGCACCCCUACCGGCCGGUCUUGAAAAACCCCUGCCGCUAGGCACAUACGACGGGACCACCGAUCCGGACGAACACAUAAAGAACAUCGACGCCCUUUUCGACUACAGAGGAGUGCCCGGUGCCAUCAAAUGUCGUUUGUUCCCUACCACCCUGCGCAAAGGAGCCAUGACUUGGUAUAAAAGUUUGCCCGAUGAGUCCAUUACCUCAUGGAAGGUGCUCGGGAAACUUUUUUCCAGACACUUCACGGCCUCCCGAAGACACCCCAAGUCAGAAGCCUCCUUGGAAGCCAUCAUCAAAGGAAAAGACGAGUCCCUACGGGCUUACAUAGAAAGAUUCAAUAAGGAUGCCGUGCAAGUAUCCACCACUGCCCAUAUGAAGAAAUUCUUACUCGAGCGAGGCCUCCGACCACGCUCAGACUUCGCUAAAGCCGUCGGGAUCGAAACACCGGCCACUCUGGACGAGUUCUUCCUCAAAGCCCACGCAGUACGCAAUUCCAGACAGGAAGAAAGCAGUAAGAAUGGUCGCCAAGACGAUUCCCGUCGGGGAACGGACAAAAAGAAAGACGACAAGGGCCGGGAUCCCAAAGACUACAAAGCUCCAACCGGGAAGUUCCAAGAAUACACCCCGCUCAACGCCUCAAGGGAACGCAUCUUAAACGAGUGCGCGAACGCCGAAUUCCAGACGGGCAAGGUCCGCUUCCCUAAAACCAUGCAUGCGAGACCGAACGUGGAUAAAUCGAAGUUCUGCCGAUUCCAAAAAGGCCACGGGCACAACACCGAGGACUACAUCCAUCUAAAGGAUGCCAUAGAGAUUUUAAUCAGGGAGGGACACCUGAAGCAAUACGCGAAAAAGCAAGAGGCUGCCAAAGAAGCCAAACCAAUCAUCGAGGAAAAGCCGGCGGAGGAUAUGCCCGCCAUGCAAGUAGCCAUGAGAAUCACUAGGCCGGAAGACUUUUACCUCCCUGACUGGGCCAAAUCAGCGACCGCCACCUCUUCUCACAGCGCAUGGGAGAUGUUCCCCUCCGCCAUGGUCAUAUCGGGCGAGGGAUUCAACAAGCUCAGCGUGGGAUCCGUGAAACGAAAAUUCGACGAGCUACUCUCAGCCAGUUCGAGCAAAGCCGCUGCUCUCGACCAAGGCAGCCCAUCCUCUAUAUCCUUCUACAAAGAAGAAUUGCCCGGUGGAGCACCCAAUGCCACCAUUCCCCUCCUCAUCCAAGCUCGGAUGACCAACUUUGACGUUCGAUGCAUAUUGGUCGAUCAAGGAAGUUUGGUUGACAUCUUGUACUCCCAACUGUUCAAAACGCUGCACCUUAACGACGGCCACCUCACCCCCUAUGUAGGAUCGGACCUACAAGGUUUCAACGGCACGGUAACUAAAUCGUGGGGCUUCGUCGAGCUCAUAGUUUCAAUCGGAUUGGCGGAAACUGCGAGGGCCUUAAAGUCCAAUUCCUGGUCAUCGAAUGCCUGUCGAUAUACCAAUGCAUCCUCGGACGCCCGACCCUGGCCGCCACCAUUCCCCUCCUCAUCCGGGCUCGGAUGA